UAGUUUUGCGCAGGCGCAAAAAGCAUCAGUAGGACGCAUGGGUGCCGCACGUGUUGUGUUGGCUGUGUUAUUGUAUUGUCUAAUUGAAUCCACCUAGAGGCCGCGUGAACUCUGGGACAAGCCGUGAGUCUCCAGUGGGAGGGCUGGUGACUGGUGCUACACCAGCGUUUCCACGGUCUCCAGUGAGUUUUGGGUGGCCGGUAUGGGCUCCAUUGGUUCUCCGUUGUGUUCCUCGCUGGGUUUGCUGGGAUUGGUGUGGUGCGCUACAGUUUAUGCCGCUGAGAAAGGCAUCCACUACCCACUCAGACCUCUGGAGCAUGGCUGGACCCCGCACCUAAAGCCCUGGACGUGGCAGAGGGAGGUUCUCCACCACCUAGAACCUCCCCAACAGGUGCCUCCAUACCUGCGCCUCCCCAUGUUCAGGCACGGAGCCGCUCCGUUCGUCGGUAUGGAGCUGUUCAGGCCGGUUCCUGGAAGAAGAGCCUUUCCGAGCGGUUUAGCGGAUGUUUUGGUCCCGCUUGGGCACGCGCAGCCCGCCCGGGCAGCCCCGGUAGAUAACGCGCACGGGGUGGAGGUGUGGUGCGGCUACAGUAAGGUCUCCGUCCGGAUAAACACAGCCCGCAUGCGGGUCAGGGGGUCCGAUUCUAACUUUUACCUGGGGACGUGUUCAGUAUCCCGAUCCUCAGGAGGUUACCUGUACUUCCACUACGACCUGAACGACUGCGGCGGAUCCUUAAUGACGGUCCGAGAUCAGGUUGUGUACUCGAACAGUAUCCUCUACAGACCGGAUAUUAACCCGGAGGAGCUGGUGAUCAGAGCUGUGCCGCUGACACUGCCAAUCCAGUGUUUUUAUAACAGAUUCCAUUAUUCGUAUAAAGUGGGCUAUGUUCCCAGGCCAGAUCCUGGGACUUUCAGGAAAGGUCUGGGCAGUAGAAAUUCAAAGUUCAGUCUGACUGUGUGUAACGAGAAGUGGGAGAUGCUGGCAGUUAAUGGAGGCUUCGAGCUCGGAGAGCUAAUGUACUUCCAGGCCACUGCUGCGUUCAUAGAGAAGAACGAGAGGCUCUUCAUCAGUUCUUGUCACGUGACUGCAACUGAGGAUCCAAACUCCACCCCUCGUCAUGAUGUCAUCAGCAACUCUGGGUGCAUGAUGGACAGCAGAAGGAAGGGAAGUCUGUCCCAAUUCGUUUUGAGGAAAUCCAACAUCAUUCGCUUUUCACUGGAUUCCUUUUUAUUCCCCAAAGUCGCUUCUGAGCAGCGUCUUUAUCUGCACUGCACUUUAACUGUGGGAAACACCGCUGCGAGCCAUGCAUCCAAGUCCUGCACCUACAGUGGAACAAAGCACAGGUGGGAGGAGCUUGAUGGUGUGGAUUAUGUUUGUGAUUGCUGUGAUUCUCGAUGUGAAGCAAAGGAUAAGAACUACCUGUCCAGUUUUCAUCAAGCACUGGUGACCAGUCCUGCUUUUAACCUGAAAGAACCUGAAAGAUUACCUGAGAUCACCUGGGAGUGGCCGAACACCUUGCAGCAGCACCAGACACAGGUGGGGUUUGGACACAUCCAGGAAGUCUCUAAAGAAGAGGAGGAUGAAGAGGAGGAGGUGGAGGAGGUCUUACAGGGAGAAUUUAAGAAAAGCCUAAGCUCUGAAGUGAAGAGACUCGAGCCUGCAGGACAGCGGAAGCUAAUCUGGGCAGGAGGAACCUUUGACGAGGUUCAGAAGAAGACCCCUUCAUGGAACCAAAGGCUUGUCUUAGAAGAGAUACGAGAGAAGGGGAGGAAGAGGGUGGAGCCAGGACCAACAGCGCUGAUGAUGAAGGAGCGCAUGAUGGACAUCCUGGGAAAGUUUCCGCUGAAAAGCUGGGAAGGCGAAGCUUCCAUAAAGAAACAAACCAGCUCCAUCACUGUAGCAGAAAACCCUGAGCGCACUGUGGAGAAAGUUCUUUCCGAGGAUUCAGCUGAAGAGUCUGUGGAAGAGGAAACCUUCCUAGGAGCUCAGCAGGAACCUCCAGAGUGGAGCCGGUUAGUAGCAGUGACCUGAGCAGACGAGCCCGGUGAUGGACUUCCCUCAUCUCUACGCUAAUGAGAUCGGCUCACAGGAACCCUUCGGAAGCUGUUCUGUAUCAGUUUUAUGGAGGAAAUCUUCAAUUCUCUCUUAAUAAAGUUCUGUAUUUGUGAUAAA